AUGUUCGAUUGUCGAACGUCUGACAACACAGAUUCGGAGUAUCCCCAAGAGACGUAUUAUGGCGGUUUACUUCCCCCACUAUUUAGUGGAGAUCUGGAUUCCUUCCAGUUCGAGGGAAUGUUCGGCGGUAGUACGGAUGCAGAAUUGGAUAGCUUCUUCACUGAGAUGUUCAGAAUACCGUCAUUUCCACGAGUCGGCUCCUUCGACCCUGCAGGUCCGAUACUGGAAGAGUCUCAGCCUAUCUAUAAACAGCGGUAUCACUCCGACGCCCAGGUCCUCGAAUCUUAUUACAAGCACAUACAUCCUGUUUUCCCGAUCCUGCCUCCGCCGACGGAGGAACCGAGGAUUGACUCUUUGGAAGAGGACGCCAGCAGUAAUGGCUCAUUUCUUUCGCAAACUUCGUCACCUUUGAUCCUAGCUCUAUCUUCAGUUCUGUAUUUGUCAGAUGCAUUGAAACCUCCAAGUGUCGUCAACGAUGGAAACCUUGUCCAAAAUCUAUACCAGCGGGCGGCAGACUUGGUUGAGCGGUUCUCCCUUUCGUCUCCCCUCUCUCAAGAUACAGUCCUCCCAUCGGCAUUCCAUGCGCAUGUACCUCAGCAAUUGGAAGUGCCACUGGCAUGCUGUGUUCUUAGCUUGUACCAGUAUCUUCGCUGGGGCAAUAUUGAAGAGAUGACGCGUUUGGCACAAAAAGCUCAUAGCAUAAUCAAGGCUAUGUCUUCACCGGUAAACCAGGUUGACGUCCAUACCGUCAAUAUACCGCAUCCUACCACCCUGGGUAACUCGGAGAUGUGGACCCAAUACGUCUCCGCCGAAGAAACUCUCGUUGCUGCCACUCUCCUUCUAGUAGCAUUGGUCAAAGGCAGCGACUCUGAGACCGAGGUGCCAGCUUUCAACCGAAAUAUUCGUCUACUAGACAAAGUCAUCGUCCAACAGCUGGCUGCAAUACCCGACGCCCCGUCAACAAGUCAUGACAUCUCGUACCGCACAGAAGAAAGACUCGCCAUAUCCCUACGCGCCAUAGCAAAGAUACGACUACACAGUGCACGCAUAAAACUACACAGAUAUCGCGCCUUCAUGCACCACCCCACUAUCCUCCAGAAGUUUUCGCCAACCACAACGACUCGAGGCCAUCACCAUCGCGUCAUUAACACGGAACACACCAGCAACGGUAAUACACAGCAUGGCCAUCGCGAAACACGUCCAACCACCCAAAUCUUCCCCUUCUCGACCCACCACGCACUAACCACAUGCCUCGAGUCGGCCACCACAAUCACAACCUCACUAUCCCACCUCCUCUCCCUAGGCACGCGUGCGGCUCCACAGAUCUGCUCAGCAGCCUUGGCGAGCUACACACUGAUGAUGAUAUUCCACUUUGAACACCAACUACCACAGCCCCAAUCGCAGUCCCGGUUGCAUCCAUCCUCGCAGUUACGGCCGCGAUUAGCGACACGGAUGAUCAGUCCUUCUGGCGUAAUGCAGGGCUCUAUACAAGCACAAUGCGAGGAAAGCGCCGGUACGGCAAUCGAGGUGCUGGAGAGUUUUGCAGGGGAUUUCGAAUUCAUUGGCGGACUAAGAGGUCAGAUCAACAAGGCUACUCAUGCGACGUUUUGCUCCCGUCCGUCCUAG